AGCAGCACAUCCAGCCCCCUGCAGUGCUGAGGGGCCCUUGGGCUCCGUUUCCCAGAUGCUGACUCAGUUUCUCCGCAUACAAGCAGGCUCCUGCUGCCCCUAGGCACACUCCUGUGAGAGAAGCCCAUUAUCACUCUACCGAGAUCUCCUUGUGGACAGUGGUGGCUGCAAUCCAAGCCAUGGAGAGGAAGGUGGAUUCUCAUGCCACCCGGUUACUGAAUCUGGAGGGGAGAACAGGGACAGCAGAGAAGAAACUGACAGCCUGUGAGAGGACAGCGCUGGAAUUUAGGAACCAGCUGGAGAGUAAGUGGGCCUUGCUGGGAACUCUGAUCCAGGAGAAUAACUUCCUGCAGAGGAGGCUGGAGAACAUGGAGAACCUGCUGAGAAACAGGAACUUCUGGAUCUUAAGACUGCCCCCGGGAGCUAAGGGAGAAGUCCCCAAGGAGUGGGAGAACUUGGAGGAAUGGCAGAAAGAGCUUUACAAGAAUGUGAUGAAGGGGAACUAUGAGACCCUCGUCUCUUUAGACUACGCUGUGUCUAAGCCAGACGUCCUGGCCCGCAUUGAACGAGGGGAGAAGCCAUGUGUCGGGGAUGAGCAGGAAUCUCUGGAAGGACUAGAGGAAAGACUCCCAAAGGAAGAAGGGCUGGUGGAAAGAGAGGUCUCCAGCGCAGGCAAUGCUGUUUCCACCUCUGAAAUCUUGCCCCCCCUGGCAGAAGGAGGAGAGGAGCCAUGUAUCAUGAACCUGGUGAGCUCCAAGGACAGAGAAAUUCAUCUGGAGCCCAGCACAGUUUCCACAUCUAACACUUUAACUUGGGUCAUGCAAGAGGAAGAGCUGGAUGCUGGGGAUCAACAGGACAUGGGGGAAGAAGGAACAAUUCUCACAGGCUCCAGCAUGGCAGGUGGUUGGACAGCGAGCAAAGAGACGAAGCCACAGGAGAGAUUUCUGGAAAAACUAGAGCCCCAUGGGAUGUCAUCGGUGAAAUCAGAAGAGGAGGUUUUGCAGAGGCUACAGCAGGGAGAAGGUGCACAGCUGGCUCACCCUGUCGUUAUCAGAGAGGAGAAAUCCACCCAGUGCGACCGAGGCUUUGGCCUGCUCAAGGGCUUCGUUGUGCAGCCGGGAGAGAAGCCCUUUGCCUGCAGCGAAUGCGGGAAGAGCUUCCGGCUGAAGGGGAAUUUGGUCAAGCACCUGCGGAGCCACGCCAAGGUCCGGCCCUACAAGUGCACUGAGUGCGAGAAGAGCUUCAACUGCAAGUCAGACCUGCUACGACAUGAGAUGAUCCACCGCGGGGAGAAGCCCUACAAGUGCAGCGAGUGCGAGAAGAGCUACAGCCGCAAGGUGUAUCUGCUGAAUCACCAGCGCGUGCACACGGGGGAGCGGCCCUUCCAGUGCCCAGUGUGUGAGAAGAGCUUCCGGCAGAAGGCCGUGCUCAUCUCACACCAGCGCCUGCACACCGGCGAGUGUCCCUACAAAUGCACCCAGUGCAAUGACAGCUUCAGCGAGAAGUCCAAGCUCAACAACCACUAUCGCAUCCAUACAGGAGAGUGGCCCUACAAGUGCUCUAAGUGUGACAAGAGCUACAGCCGCAAGGUAUAUCUGCUCAACCACCAGCGCCUGCACACCGGCGAGCGGCCCUUCCAAUGCACUAAGUGCAGCAAGAGCUUCAUGCUGAAGACGAGCUUCAUUAAGCACCAAAGAAACCAUCCGGGAGAGAAGCCCUUUGCCUGCAGCGAAUGCGGGAAGAGCUUCCGGCUGAAGGGGAAUUUGGUCAAGCACCUGCGGAGCCACGCCAAGGUCCGGCCCUACAAGUGCACUGAGUGCGAGAAGAGCUUCAACUGCAAGUCAGACCUGCUACGACAUGAGAUGAUCCACCGCGGGGAGAAGCCCUACAAGUGCAGCGAGUGCGAGAAGAGCUACAGCCGCAAGGUGUAUCUGCUGAAUCACCAGCGUGUGCACACGGGGGAGCGGCCCUUCCAGUGCCCAGUGUGUGAGAAGAGCUUCCGGCAGAAGGCCGUGCUC